CGUAAGUUCAUCGGGCUGUACGCUACUGGUACGGUCCAUCUUCUACCUCUCACUUAGAAAUUCUAUACGGAGGAGGUAGUAAGGGAGUAGACGCCAUGGCUGCGCGGUUUCUGUGGCGUGCCCAGACGAAGCUGCUAUUUGGAGCCACCGCCGUUGGUGGCGGAGCUGCCGCCGCGGCUGUUGCCAAUUCCGACGACCCCGCUACCGCCCUCAAGCUUUGCACCCUUGUUCCCCUUCGCCUCUACCGCGAUUCCGUCACCGCCGCUGCCAUAGCUUUCGAUUACGAGUAUUCUCUCUGGGGACUACCAGAAGGUAGUGCAGAAAGACAAAAAGUCAAACAUGAAGUUCAUUUGAGGAGUGCACGUAGACUUGAAGAACUUUGUUUUAAAAACGGUGGAAUAUAUAUAAAAUUUGGUCAACAUCUUGGUCAGCUGGAGUACUUAGUACCUGAUGAAUAUGUUCACAUAAUGAGGGAAUCCAUGCUAAAUAGAUGUCCUCAAUCAUCUUAUGAACAAGUUUGUGAAGUUGUCAGCAAAGAACUUGGAGGAACACCUGAUCAAAUAUUUAAAGAGUUUGAUCCUGUACCAAUUGCAAGCGCUUCUCUUGCUCAAGUACAUAUUGCUCACACACAUGAUGGGCAAAAAGUUGCUGUGAAGGUUCAGCACACCCACAUGACAGAUACUGCUGCUGCUGAUUAUGCUACUGUGGGGUUAGUUGUGAACACAUUGCAUCGGUUUUUCCCUGAUGUUGAUUACAGGUGGUUGGUUGAUGAAGUUCGUGAAAGUGUACCUAAGGAACUAGAUUUCUUGGUUGAGGCCAAAAACAGCGUAAAAUGUAUGGAUAACUUUCGGAAGCUAUCUCCUCAUAUUGCAGAUUAUGUUUAUGCCCCUAGGGUAUAUUGGACUUUAAGUACCUCAAAGUUGUUAACCAUGGAAUUUAUGGAUGCUGCACAAAUAAAUGAUGUGAAGACCAUUCAAACUCUUGGAAUCCGGCCAAGUGAUGUUGCAAAAUUAGUUAGUCAGGCUUUUGCUGAAAUGAUGUUCAAACAUGGAUUUGUGCACUGUGAUCCCCAUGCUGCCAACAUGUUAGUUCGCCCCAUGCCAUCUGGCCAAAGGACCCUUUUUGGAAAGAGAAAGCCACAAUUGAUACUUUUAGACCAUGGCUUAUACAAAGAACUUGAUUCCUCUACAAGAAUGAGCUAUGCUGCACUCUGGAAGGCAUUGGUAAGUUCUGAUGCCAAAGGUAUUAAGGAAAAUAGUGUAAAACUGGGUGCGGGCGAGGAUCUUUAUGUAUUGUUUGCUGGGAUUCUUACAAUGAGACCUUGGAAUAAAGUUGUAGACCCUUCUGUUGAUCAUUUGGUGAUCCAAGGCACAGAUAACGAGCGUUCUGAACUCCAGAUGUAUGCUUCUGCAUACCUCCCUCAAAUUACUGAGCUACUCAGGAGAUUGCCUCGUGUUAUUCUUUUAAUGCUGAAGACAAAUGACUGUCUACGAGCAGUUAAUAGGACCUUGGUCCAAGGUUCCUCUCUCGAGUCAUUUUAUAUCAUUGGGAAAGUUUCUUCUGAGGCAGUUCUUGACUCAGUGUGGGAGAAGAGGUCGUUAUUAUCUUGGAUCAACUUCUGGUUGCAGAAAAUAUUGUUAGAAGCCCGGCUUUGUGGAAUGCAACUUGCUGUGUGGCUUUUGCAGCUUCAGAAAGUUUUGACAAUUGGAAAUCACUAACCACCUUGAGCAGUGGUUAGUCUGAAAUUACGUGACAUUUUUGCCGCAGGCAUAGGUGUUCUUUGUCUCAGGAACCAUCCCUUGCAGUCUUAAUAAUAAUUUGAAAAUAGAGCUUCAAAUCUGGCGAUUCUUUAUGAAUCAGAUGCAUGAAAGACUGCAUCCGACAGAGGCUCCUUGCCCAUUAGGUACAAUUCUUUAACUAUACCGAAUAUAAACAUUAUUUCACAGUGAUUCCUUCCCGAUUAGAUACGAUUCUUUCACUGUCCCGAGUACAAGCAUUAUUCCAGUGGGAGUAUUUGAUUGCGUUGUGAUCUCCUCAGUUGAUUGAUUUUAAACAUUUUUUUACAGUUUAUUAAAGAGAAAUAGUGAUUAUGAUACAGAGUAUUUAUUAUUCAUUAGAAUUGAGACAUGUCAGGGAGAGGGUGUAACUCAUUACUACUACAACAAAAAUCAAACCAAACAUGAACAUCCAUGAUUGUUACUUGUUAGCAUGGGGGGCCCAUAUGGGCUACUGCA